AGUAAGUUGAUUAUUGGUGUUGGGAAUGGAAAGGAAUUAAAUGGACGUCAAUUCCAGCACAGUGGUUGUUACGGGCUUUGGUCCUUUCCGACAGCACCUUGUUAAUUCUAGCUGGGAAGCUGCAAAGGAGCUGGCCAAACUUGGACUUGGUCACGAUGUAGACCUACAUAUAAUGGAACUGCCAGUGACUUACCAAAAGGCAAAAGAGAUUGUCUGUGAAGCAUGGGCAACCCUUCAUCCACAACUUAUGAUCCACAUUGGCCUGGUUUCUACCUCAAAAGCAAUCAUCAUUCUGGAGCAGUGUGGGAAGAACAAAGGCUACAAAGAAAUUGAUGCUUGUGGGUUUUGUCCAGAAGAUGGAUGUUGUCUCUUAGCAGGCCCGGAAAGAAUAGACUCUACAAUUAAUAUGAAGAGAAUCUGGAAAAACAUUUGUUUGGAAGGGAUGGAUGUCAUUUUUUCCAAAGAUGCAGGAAGGUACCUCUGUGAUUAUAUCUAUUAUACCUCUCUUUACUAUGGUAAUGGAAAAGCAGCAUUUAUCCAUGUGCCUCCUUUAUCCAAACGGGUAACAUCAGAAUUUCUAGGAAGAGCCCUACGGACAGUUAUCUUGGAGAUGUUAAAGCAAUGCAGACAGGAGGUAAUAUAA